UGGCAUGCUACACGCCCUACUUGUACCUGGCAAUGUCGUUCAACGGUGUGCUGCGAGUGUUGUAUGUGAUGGUGACCAAGGGAGAUGUGGUUCUCAUGUACUUCAACGGCGGCGGGGUGCUGCUGGAACUGGUUUAUACUGCUAUCUUCAUCAGUAUUGCUUCAGCAGCGGACCGUCGUCGGGCCAAUCUGCUUCGAUCCAUCGUGCCUGGGCUCUUGAUCCUUAUCCUGGGCGGCAUAUGUUACCUGACCAGUGCCACAGCUUACAGGCUGCUCUGUGCCAUCUGUGGGAGUGCUCUGUACAUCGUCCCAAUGAUUGACGUGGUUAAAGUCAUCAAACUCCGCAAGCGAAAGUACAUGCCACCUCUGCUCCUUACCUCUACCUCGUUCCUCAACAGCAUCAUAUGGGCUGUGAUUUCUGGCAUACAGUCGGAUUGGUACAUCAUGGUACCAAACCUGGUUGGUUUGGCAUGUGCCUGUAUCCAGCUCGGCCUCCACAUAGGAGCUCCGUGGCUGUUCAAGGUUCAUUUCUCAGGCCUUACCGAGCUGUUCCUGGAUGAGGGGGAGGAGGAAUCACCCUGCUGAAGCAUGCAUGACCUAUGCCUCACUACGCUUAACAUCAUGUCUAUUGCAUUCCAUCUGCGAUAAAAAAAAUAGAAUAUGUCAUUCCUGUGCUAUU